GCGUGCGUGCUCCACCCGUCGGUUUUUGACAAUCUCGCACGAAAAGCAAAACAAAAACAUAAAUCUUCCACUCCGAGCGCCAUCGAAACGCGUAGUUUUGCAGAAAGUUUACAAUAAAAGCAGCUAGAAAUGGCGGAAAGCGGUGCGGAUGGAGAGCCGAAGCGGGAGUUUGUGGUGCCGGAAAAGCUGAUCAAAUCACCGAUGGAUAUGGAGCUGUGGCAAAUGUCGGAAUGCUAUUACGAUCUGAUCGGCUUCAUCAGCAGCAUGUCGGUAGCCUUGCAGGGUACGCGCAACAGUCAGGAGGUUGCGAUUCCACCUGUCGUGGAGAAGCUAAUGCAAGCGCUGGACCGGUUGGAGCAGCUGGCAAUCGAAACGCCCCCGAUCGAUCAGCCGGCCCGGUUCGGUAAUGUUGCGUUCAAAAGCUGGUUCCAAAAGAUGCAAUCGGAAAGCAUGCAGCUUGUUAGCGAUGCACUGCCGGACACGCUGAAGGAUGCGGCCAAGGAGCUGUGCGUGUACUUUGUCGAUUGUUUCGGGAAUCCGACGCGCAUUGAUUACGGCACGGGGCAUGAGCUGGCGUUCGUUAUGUUUCUGAUGUGUUUGUUCAAGACCGGGGCUGUUGAGCGGAAAGAUGAGGUUGCUGUCGGGUUGAAGGUAAGGGGCUGUAGCUUCUUAAAAUGUAGAGUAAAGAAUGCUAUACCAUAUAUUUACACUUUUUGCUCGCAGUUGUUCCAGAAGUACAUCAUCCUGGCAAGAAAGCUGCAGGUAACGUACCGAAUGGAACCGGCCGGCAGCCACGGUGUGUGGAGUUUGGACGACUUUCAGUUUGUGCCGUUCAUCUGGGGCAGUGCGCAGCUGGCCGUAAACAGUCCGAUCGAACCGGCCCAGUUUGUGGAGGAGAAAUGGAUUACCAAGUACAAGAAGGAGCUGAUGUUCGUCGGGUGCAUCGAUUACAUACAGCAGGUGAAGACGGGCCACUUUGCCGAACACUCGAAUCAGCUGUGGAGCAUCAGUGCCGUACCGCAGUGGUCAAAGAUCUGUACCGGGCUGAUUAAGAUGUACCAGAAGGAGGUGCUGUCGAAGUUUCCCGUCAUUCAGCACGUUUACUUCGGGUCUAUACUUACGCUGAAAACGGUCAAGCCGGGCACAAUGUUGCCUAGUCCGCGGUUGGGAAUGCUUCCGCGACAGCAGCAGCAGCGUCCGGCCCCGCCUGCAGUACCACCGCCACCCGCGUUUCCCGGUGGUGAUGGAAUGUGAUAAAACUGUGUAUUACACGCGCUAUUAGUUUGUGAUUGUUCAAAGAAUAAAAUAUUGGAAAUUUAUAAACGCA